GGAAUCCCCAUAGAGGAAAUGUAGACACAGACUCGCGCAGGGCUUCUCCGUCGCCCGUAACUAACCGUACAUUCUUCAGGCAAUAAUAACAACCCCGAGGCGUCGACAUGAAGGUAUCCAGCAUAGACUGUCGGCGACUGAGGAAAAUCAUCAGGAAGGAGUGUGGGAGCUGCCUUAUUGUGGACUGCCGACCAUUUUUCUCGUUCACGAACUCUAAUAUCCAAGGCUCCGUGAAUGCCAACCUCAACUCAAUGGUGGUCCGAAGGUCCCGCGGAGGACCGGUGCCCCUGCAGUUUGUUAUACCGGAUGAAAAGGCACUGUUUCGGCUUCGGGAGGGAAGCAUUUCGACUAUCGUAGCUCUGGACGAGCGGACGUCUCACUGGCAAAAACUGAAGAAGGACAGUGUAGCACAAAUAGUAAUAAACACCCUCUCGCAUCUAGGGAGCGGAGCCAACAUCUGUUUUCUAAAAGGAGGAUAUGAGAACUUCCGCUCCCAAUACUCCGAACUUUGCACAGAGGCGAAACCCGUUGAGCUGAGCGGAACCGAAACCGAGAAGAAAGCCAACACCCACAACGAGAAGCUUUCUCACCACAAACCAGAUUAUGACCAGGGUAAACCUGUAGAGAUCCUGCCUUUCCUCUACCUCGGUAGUGCCUACCAUGCCUCCAGACAGGACUAUCUCAGUGACCUUCACAUCACAGCCUUGCUUAACGUGUCACGCAGAGACAUGCAGCCGACCAAGGGCCUCUACAACUACAAGUGGAUCCCGGUUGAGGACAGCCACAUGGCUGACAUUAGCUCCCACUUCCAGGAGGCCAUAGAAUUUAUUGAUCACGUGAAGCAAUCAGGAGGGAAAGUCUUGGUUCACUGCGAAGCAGGCAUAUCUCGCUCACCUACUAUCUGCAUGGCUUACAUCAUGAGGACACAGCAGUUGCAACUGGAUGCUGCCUUUGAUAUCAUCAAGCAACAAAGGGGAGUCAUCUCACCCAACUUCAAUUUCAUGGGUCAGCUGCUGCAGUUUGAGUCGGAGAUUCUCUCUAUGGCUCCGACUCAUUCAGCCACACCUGAACCAGCCACACCUUGUGUCCCAGAGUCUGCCACCUUUUUCGCCAAUGACUUUGCAACCAACUUCAACACCAAAAACUUUGAGCCGUCUAUCAUUACCCUCCCUACCUCUUACCUUCAGUCUGUGGUCCACCACAAGUUCAAACUGAGCCCUAUUACUGCACUGCCUUAAAAUAAACUGUGACUGCUAGUAGUCUUACUUGAAAAGAAAAAAAGAGUUGCUAUCUGUGGGCCUGAUCUUACAAUCAGUAGGCUGGAGAUCAGAUAAACGUAUUGUGUGUAUUGGAAGUGGGUAAUGCUGAGUUUUUUGACACCUUUGUUUUUUGUACUUGUUAGUAGAGGUUACACAAACUUUGAUAAUUUGUGAUUGUUUUCAAACUGCUUCAUGUUGAAAAGCCCACAAAUGCUGGGUUUUCCCUUAGUUACUGAAUGUUUUUUUCCUAAUGGCAGAUUUUUAAUAACACAAUAUAGUAAUAAAAUGCAAUACACAUGCCUUAGGUUGACAAGUUUAGUUUACUUAUUUAAAAAGGCCAUGCAUUUUAAUGUAAUUUAUUUGAAAAAAACUGUCAUCUUUUUCAGUGUCGUUGUUGUUUAAUAAAUGUUUUUACAGUAAA